AUGUAUCAAACAAGCAGAUCAGGAUGGAGCGAGUGGUCUCAGUGGACCUGGCAUCAAAGCUACCAACAAUAUUAUCGCCAAAGAGUAGAUGCUGCCGGCAACUCGGAUAUUCAGUGGCAGAGCGAAUAUGAGUCUGCUCAGAAUAGAGACGUGCCCCGAACCCCUGUGCAAGUUCAAGAGGUGGACCAGAUGACCCAGCAGUUUGGAUCUGUCAACAUCCAGAGCCCUGAACAAACUGCUGCAGACGAGCACGACAAUGAUGAAUAUGUCACGGGCGGCUCAUCGUCGAGAGUAAAAUCCAAAUCAUCGAGGUCGCAUAGCAGUUCAUCAAAGUCGAAAUCGAAACCGUCCAAGUCUUCUAGUGGGAAAGGGAAGGCAACCGCGCAGGAAGCCAUUGAUGAGGUUGAUGAACAGGGCUAUGAAAACCGUCAUAGUCAACGUAGACCAUCCGCAUCUACAGCCGCUCCGCAAACUGAACAAACCUGUAACAUUGACAAACCUCACUCAACCACAGGAGAUCCUGCAUCCAACCAACCUUAUCCAAGUGGCUCAGCCGAGGAGGAAGACCCAGUACUUCAGGCAGCCAUUGCUCAAAGUCGACACUAUUCUCGAGAUCAAUACCGAGGUGGUGAGUCGUCAUCUGCUGCAUAUGCCCCCUACGCUCAAGAUGAGGAAGAGGACCCAGGGCCAGCUGUGGCCUCUACCAACCAAGAGCACAUUGUAGGCACCGGUGGUGAAACAGAAACUUUAGAUCCACGUUAUCGUGUUGCACAGUCUCAUAUGUUCCAACCCGGCGAGGUCUUCAAAGUCCUCUGGCCGGAGCCGGCAGGAGGAGGCAGUGUGGUUGAAGAAACAGUGUAUCGCGACCAGUUCGGCGGUCGGAUCUUUGUCCAUUUUCGUCGUUUCAUCGUAGUCGCAAACGAUCGUGGCCACUGCACUUGCAUACCAAUCUCUACCUAUGGUAAGAAAGGUUGUAAAAAGAGUGGUGUCAAGGCUGAACAACACGGAAUCGUUGCUGAAAGCAGCAAUCGAAACCCUACCGGCCUAUCUGGCGAGCCCGAGCUUGGAUAUCCUCCUGUUCGUGUGCACAUCCAUGAGCCAAACGAACGAAUCUCAAAAGAGUCCCGAGUUAAUUACUCAAAGCUCACGACGGUGGAACACAACGUUAAAGUGCUCUUCAUCGGUCGGGUGGUGACCUCAGAUUGGGAUAUUGUCACUGAAGCGGUCAACACCAGCUGGGCAAAGAAGACACAUCUAAAAAAGAAGCAUCGCAGAUCAUGA